UUUUUAUUGAAUAUAUUUAGUCGUUAUCAUUGAAUCAGGAUAAUUUGCGUUUAGGGUUUCAGAAGAACCCUCAAAAGGUCAUCAAUAAAUAUAAUUUAAUGCCAAUCUCAGCGGGGCCAACGUUUGGUUUAUAUAUAAUGGAUUGCUGGUGCAUCCAAAUCCAGAAAUCCAUUUAACUGGAGUGAACUUUUUCCUCUUCCGUAUAUCAUUUUACUUCAAGUGGCAUUGUUUUAGCAUCUAGAGAAUGGAACCAACGUGAUAUCCUUGUUAUACAAGUUGCAAAAAUAUUACGGUGCAUGGUAUUCUCAAAAGACUGUAAAAGUAUGGCUGGUGAAGAGAAUAAUCUGGUUGAAAUUUUAGACGGAAAUAACCCGAUUGAUAUGGCCAAGUACAUAACCUAUGUCAGUGCUCCACAAGCCGGAGCCAUAGCAACAUUUUCAGGUACAACACGGGACACCUUUGAGGGGAAAACAGUUGUGGAGCUAAGGUACGAAGCCUAUGUACCAAUGGCAAUACGCUGCAUCAAAUCUAUCUGUUCAUCAGCUAGAUCAUCCUGGAAUCUCCACUCCAUUGCAGUUGUACAUCGACUAGGCACUGUUCCAGUGGGGGAAACAAGUGUCUUCAUAGCUGUCUCAGCUGUUCAUCGUGCUGAUGCCCUGGAUGCUUGUAAGUUUUUGAUUGAUGAGUUGAAGGCAUCUGUUCCUAUAUGGAAGAAGGAAGUGUAUACUAAUGGAGAAGUUUGGAAGGAGAAUUCAGAAUUUAAAGAGAGGAGGUUAGAGCUGGGGAAGAAGGAUGGCAUUUGCGGCAGAGGAGAAGUUCAGGUAAAGGCACAUAAUGGAAAGACCUGUUGUAGGGCAAAGGUCAAGGUGGAUGACAAAGAAAUGGGUGAUAUCAGCAUCAACAAGUAAGAAACUGUUGAAACUGGGUAAGAGGAAAAUUCCUCGAAUUGCAGCUUUGAUUGUCAUUACUUUUUAUUUGUACACUAUGGCGUAAUAGUUGUUAAUAAACACACCCAUAUAACAACAUAUUAAUUCAACAUACCUUUAGGAGACAUUGCCUUCAACCUGUCUGGCAUCAUGAACUUUUACAUGUUUCAGGUUGCCAGGUUCUUUUACCAUCUUUCCACACAAAGCAGUCCCUUCUUGAUCACUUAUUUCAAGAUAAACCACCAAAAAGCUUUGUGAUAGUCUUUCAUAUUCCUCAAUCUGUUGUGCCCUAUAGGUUGUGGCUGUGCUAUGCAAAAUAAAAUUUGGGAAUGAUUGUCCUUGUACAAUAUCACUACUAUAGCGUUUGAUGAGUAUUCUAGCUAAAUAAAUGUGUAUUCUAGCUAAA